GUUUAUAAAGUCUACGUUGCGACCAUUCUCGUUCAAAUAAUCAACUUGGACGGUCGCCACUCGAGUGGAUAAUUACAUAAUUAAAAAUGGCACAGGUUAAAGUUAAGCAGGGCACAUUGGAAGGAGAAGUUCUGGAUUUGAGUACCGGCGAUGGAAAAUAUUACAGUUUUAAAGGCAUUCCUUAUGCGGCCCCGCCGAUUGGAAAAUUGCGAUUCAAGGCACCAGAACCUCCUCUACCAUGGAAUGGUGUAAGAAUAGCAAAACAGCACGGGCCCGUGUGUCCCCAUCGAGAUAUAUUUACCAACGAAAUUAAAACUGGCAGCGAGGACUGUCUGUAUUUGAACGUCUAUACCCCAAACCUUAAACCGGACAAGCCCUUGGCCGUCAUGAUAUUUAUCCACGGUGGCGGAUACAAGAGUGGAUCAGGAGACGACGACUUUUAUGGACCAGACUUCUUAGUCAAUCACAAUGUCGUCUUAGUAACUAUCAAUUACAGACUCGAAGCAUUCGGUUUUCUUUGUCUGGACACAGCCGACGUUCCCGGAAAUGCUGGUCUCAAAGACCAAGUGCAGGCCUUGAAAUGGGUCAACGAAAACAUUUCACAAUUCGGUGGUGACCCAAAGAAUAUUACUGUUUUUGGUGAGAGUGCUGGAGGUGCUUCUACCUGCUUCCAUAUUUUAUCACCAUUGUCUAAAGGUCUUUUCCAAAGAGCUAUUUCUAUGAGUGGAGUACCAUUAUGUGAUUGGUCGUUACCUUUUGAACCUAGGAAAAGAGCAUUUAUUCUCGGCAAACAAUUAGGAUUAAGUACAAAAGAUCCUGUUAAACUGCUUGAAUUCCUGCAAAAUGUACCAGCUGAAAAACUAAUACACUUGAACCCCGCUGUGUUGAGUUUGGAAGAAGUUAACAAUAACGUAUUGAAGAUGUACCAUUUCACACCAGUCGUUGAAAAAGAUUUUGGUCAGAAUCAUUUUCUGACUGACUCGCCCGAGAAUGUUUUGAAGAGCGGGAAAAUAAACGAUGUGGAUAUUCUGAUAGGCUACACAAGCUUUGAGAGUUUGUUAGGAAUCCCUUGGUUUGAAUCUGAACUAAUUGAGCAUUAUGACAGAUGGAAUGAAAGCUUCGUUCCUAGAGAAAUCUUGAAUCGAACUCCGCCCGCAAAAGUGUUUGAAAUCUCUGAUAAGAUUAUAAAGCAUUACUUUGGCGAGAAGCCUAUAAACGUUGAAUCUAUGAAGGAGUUCGCCAAAUUUUCAUCGGAUAGCGCUUUCUGUUUUUACGUUUAUAGAUUUAUCAAACGUUUGCCUAAAGGAACUGGGAAGCGGUACCAAUAUAAAUUCUCCUGCUUUUCGGAGAGGAAUGUUUUCGGGAAGCAUGGUCAGAAGUACGGACUAACCGGAGCUGCGCAUUUGGAUGAUGUGAUGUAUAUUUUUGAUUCAAAACAAGCGAACCUGCCGAUCAACAAGAAAGAGAAGAGCUACAAAAUGAUUCAACAGACGUGCACAUUGUUUACGAAUUUUGCUAAAUAUGGUGUCCCAACUUACACCAUGCCGACUGUGGGGUGGAAAGAGUUUGACGACAACGAGAGUUACCUGGACAUCGGGGAGUCCCUGACCCCUGGUGACCAUCUGGACGCAGACGUGGUCAAGUUCUGGAGAAGCAUCUACGAAUACGCUGGAGUCGAAUUUUAGUGUUAAGUUUGUUUUGAUCUUAGGUUUCGGAAUUAUAUAUAAGACUACUAAGUAUUCCCUCUUGAAUAUCUGAAAUAAAAUCUUUUAUAUUGCAGAGUACUUUUAUUUUGUUCCAACAAAAUAUUAGCUUUUUAUCCCUUACGGGGUAGACCGAAAACAACAGAUCAGUUGCUAGACCUUUGCCUAAAAUAAAAGUCAAAAGUUAAGCCUUUUAUUUGACUUUCUGAAAUUUCAAUUACUAUUAAAAUGUGGUUUAUCAAUUCAAGGAAACACACGAUUAAUAAAAAUGAUCCCUUUUAAUAGCCUAAACCUAAGGUAAUAAGCUAUUUUGUAUUAAAAUUCAACUGUGAAAAUAAUUACUAUUUACGCCUUAUUAUUCCGAUUUCUGUAGUCUUAAAAAAAUAUUAUCUCCUCAGAUAGCUCGCUUGGUCAAUAUUGGUUAUUAUUGUAACACAAUAAUAUUGUUCUUAUCUUAGAACCGAAACGGGAAUUCUGCCUAAAAUGUUAUCUUGUCAAACAACUCAUACGGGAGGGGACAGUGUUAUCCUCCCCUGCAAGGAAUAAUAGCACUAAUCACGAACACAUUAAAGUUAUUAAUGAACUGUAAUUUAAAUCCCCAACUUCUCAGUUUGAAGAAUCAAUGCACGGCCCCUUCGUAUUUCAAAAAUCUUAACUGUAUCAAGGCAAUGUAUUAUCUACUCUUUGUUAUAGCAAUAGUAGCGAAAUUUCAACAAAUUUUAGCAUUUUAAGUGUAAAUAUAUAAAUACAAGCCGUUGGGUUUGCAACAAUUACACAAAUACAGAUACAAAGCCUAAAUCAUUGAAAUAUAACUUCUGCCAUUAUUUUCCUCACGCCUUAU